ACCCCAGCCCGGUCCACUCUAUUUGCUUUACUUGCACCUUUCCCUCACGCACCCAAGAACCUCUGCUACUAACCCAAUGGAGUUUUGGGUAUUAAUCCUGUCCUUGCUUCUUCCCAGCUGAAUGACCUUGGACGUGCCAUGUAAAUUCUCUGCGCCUCAUUUUAAAUACUUUAUAGAUACUGUCCAAAACCAUGUGUAGGUGUUCUUAUUGGUCACAAUCCGAGGAAACAAGGCAGAGUUGCGGUACUUGUACAAGAGCAUCCAGCCGCUUUAGUACAGGUUAAAUGCGGUUAUCUUCGUAAGCAGCCCUCACAAUGCCCCGCAUGCAUUAGGUGCUCAUUAUACGGUCACUUUUGUUUCCAUUUCCCACACGGAAGUGAGUGACCCCGCAGGGCUCCCGAUGCCCUCGGGCCCGCAGCCAUCCAGCCCGCAGGCCACCACAUCACAUGAGUCGUACUAUCUUUAGCCAGGGAGAUAUUUAUAUCCCCCGGAAAGUUUUUUUUCCGCUCUGGAGGAAGCCCCAGAGUCGGUGGCCGCUGAAUCCAGGCCCCCGGUGGCGGCCCCGCGCCCAUCCGGCUCGCCAUGCCGCGGGCCCCAGAGGCCUCCCCGGUGCAGGUGUGGGUGGGCGGCCAGCUCUUCCAGGCCGAGCGGGCCCUGCUGGUGGAGCACUGCGGCUUCUUCCGCGGCCUCUUCCGCUCCGGCAUGCGGGAGACGCGCGCGGCCGAGGUGCGCCUGGGCGCGCUGAGCGCUGGCGGCUUCCACACCAUGCUGCAGGUGCUGCGCGGCGAGCGGCCUGCGCUGGCGGCCGCCGACGAGCUGCUGCAGGCCGUGGAGUGCGCCGCCUUCUUGCAGGCGCCGGCGCUGGCGCGCUUCCUGGAGCACAGCCUCACGUCGGACAACUGCGCGCUGCUGUGCGACGCGGCCGCCAUCUUCGGCCUGCACGACGUGUUCCGCAGCGCCGCGCUCUUCAUCCGCGACGGCGCGCGCGAACUGGCGGCCGAGCUGGCGCUGCCCGAGGCCCGCGCCUACGUGGCGGCGCUGCGGCCCAGCAGCUACGUGGCCGUGAGCACGCACACGCCGGCGCCCGGCUUCCUGGAGGACGCGUCGCGCACACUGUGCUACCUGGACGAGGAGGCGGAUGCGUGGCGCACGCUGGCCGCGCUGCCCCUGGAGGCCAGCACGCUGCUGGCGGGCGUGGCCACGCUGGGCAACAAGUUGUAUAUCGUGGGUGGCGUGAGGGGCGCCAGCAAGGAGGUGGUGGAGCUGGGCUUCUGCUACGAUCCGGACAGCGGCACGUGGGGCGAAUUCCCCAGCCCGCACCAGCCGCGCUACGACACGGCGCUGGCCGGCUUCGAUGGCCGCCUCUACGCCAUAGGCGGCGAGUUCCAGAGGAUGCCCAUGAGCUCUGUGGAACGCUACGACCCGGCUGCAGGCUGCUGGAGCUUCGUAGCCGAUCUGCCGCAGCCGGCUGCGGGCGUCCCCUGCGCCCAGGCGUGUGGCCGCCUCUUCGUGUGUCUGUGGCGGCCAGCUGACACCACGGCGGUGGUGGAGUACACUGUGCGGGCCGACACGUGGCUGCAGGUGGCCGAGCUGCGGCGCCCGCAGAGCUACGGCCACUGCAUGGUGGCCCACCGCGACAGUCUCUACGUGGUGCGCAACGGACCUUCUGACGACUUCCUACACUGCGCCAUCGACUGCUUCAACCUGGCCACGGGCCAGUGGACGGCGCUGCCCGGCCAGUUUGUCAACAGCAAGGGAGCGCUCUUCACCGCUGUGGUGCGCGGCGACACAGUCUAUACGGUCAACCGCAUGUUUACGCUGCUCUAUGCCAUUGAGGGUGGCACCUGGAGAUUGCUCAGGGAGAAGACCGGUUUCCCGAGGCCUGGCUCCUUGCAGACCUUCCUUCUUAGGUUGCCGCCCGGCACCCCGGGGCCUGUGGCCUCAACGACACCAGAACUGUGACCUGGGCUGGUCUUAGGAGGGGUAUCUCGGAGUCUUCGCUGAACCUGGGCAGAGUCUAUAAGGCUGGCCUUUGGAAUUGCGUGGAACUUCUGUCCGGUUGAGACA